AUGUAUAUGAGGCCACUCAAAUCGUUUUUUUUGUUUCUGCUGGUGUUCUCUGUCAUAACGGUGUGGUACGUAACGUUUUACUCCAGCCCUGUGCUUGAGCACACAAACCUGAUGUAUUUCUAUGAGUAUGAGCCCGUUUACAAGCAGCACUACCUCUUCACUCUGCGGGAACGCCUCAAGUGCAAAGACAUCAACCCCUUCCUGGUCAUCUUGGUGUCUUCCAGACCCGAGGACGUGAAGUCCAGGCAGGCCAUCAGGAUCACGUGGGGAUCUCAGAACUCCUGGUGGGGGCAUCGAGUUCUAACCCUGUUCUUGCUCGGGCAGGACAGUGAGGGAGAAGACAAUGCUGCAGCGCUCUCGGUGGAAGAUGAAAGCGUCCUCUACGGCGACAUCAUUCGCCAAGAUUUUAGGGACACUUACAACAACCUCACCUUGAAAACUAUCAUGGCCUUCAGGUGGGCCACGGAGUUCUGUCCCAAUGCCACGUUCCUCAUGAAGGCGGAUUCCGAUGUCUUCAUCAACACCCCCAACCUCAUCCAGUUCCUUCUGCAGCUGAAUUCCUCAGAAGAUGUUUUUACUGGUUAUCCUCUGGUUGGUAACUAUGCGUACAGGGGCUUUCAGCUGAAGAACUACAUCUCUUACAAGGAAUAUCCCUUCAGGCUGUAUCCCCCAUAUUGCAGUGGGAUGGCUUAUAUCCUGAAUGGAAAACUAGUUCCAAGGAUCUAUGAACUGAUGAGUCAUAUCAAACCUAUUAAAUUUGAGGAUGUUUAUGUUGGAAUUUGCUUAAAUAUCCUUAAAGUGAAUAUCAGUAUUCCAGAAGAUAAUAAAUUCUUUUUGUAUAAAAUUAAUUUUGAUAUCUGCAGGUACAGGCAUUUGAUUGCAGUGCAUGGCCUCACAUCAAGUGAAAUAAUCAGUUCUUGGCAGGAAUUGUUAUCAAAGACUUCAGUUACUUGCCCUUGA